UUACAGUUUACUUACAUUUGCAUCGCACCCACAAGGGUAUUUUGUGGUUUAAUGUAGAUUUUAGUUCUUAUUACUAAAAAUGCCUGCAGUCAUGGAAAACGACGUACUUAAAUAUAAGGGCAGUAACUACUUCCGACAACGUUUACUUCUCUCUACACUGAGUGGUCGUGCAAUAAAGAUUGAGGAUAUUCGAAGUACACACGACGAUCCAGGCCUAAGGGAGUACGAAGUAAAUUUAAUAAGGCUGUUGGACAAGGUUACGAACGGUACUAGAGUGGAGCUGAGUGAGACGGGCACGUCUUUGUAUUUCCAACCGGGUAUUUUGAUCGGUGGGCAGGUGAUCCACAGUUGCUGUACACAAAGGGGUAUAGGAUACUACUUAGAAAUUCUACUGGCUUUAGGCCCGUUCUGUAAGGAACCUUUAAAUACAGUCUUGCAAGGUGUAACACAUAGUGAUCUGGAUGUCUCUGUAGACAAGAUCAAGGCUGCUGCUUUACCUAUGCUGUUGAAGUUUAUACUUGUCGAUGAUGGAUUGGAGCUCAAGGUUAUUAGAAGAGGAGCGCCACCACUUGGCGGGGGCGAGGUAGUAUUCAAAUGCCCAGUCCGCCGGCACCUGCGGCCAUUGCAAUGGACAAAAUGGGGACUGGUGAAGCGGAUACGUGGAGUUGUAUAUGCUCUGCGAGUCUCGCCGACAAUGGCUAACAGAGUUGUAGAAUCUGCUAAAGGUGUAAUGCUUAACUUCUUACCAGAUGUGUACAUAAACACAGACCAGUGCCGCGGGCCCAACGCGGGCAAGAGUCCCGGCUUCGGUAUCAGUCUCGUCGCUGAAACUAACGAAAAAACCUUCUAUUGUGCUGAAGCUAAAUCUGUAGAUGCCGGCUCCGGCGAGAUCACACUUCCCGAGGACUUAGGCCACGAGUGCGCACAUAAGCUGCUAGAUGAGGUAUACCGCGGCGGAGCUGUUGAUUCGUCCUUCCAGUGGCUACUCGCGCUGUGGAUGUCCUUGGGACAGAAGGACGUUAGCGAAUGUAUAGUGGGUCCUCUAUCAGACUACACUAUAGCUUUCCUCCAACACCUAAAGGAGUUCUUCGGCGUCAUGUUCAAACUGGAAGUUCAGAGAACCGAUGAUGUCGACAGCGACUACGAAGAAACGGCCUCCGCGCAAAAGGUCAAAUUGACGUGUGUGGGCAUUGGAUAUGUUAAUAUUAGCAAGAGAACUUUAUAAAUAAACGUAAAUAAUUUACAAUAGUAUCUUGCAUUUAUUUUAUACCUAACUAGCAAUGGCGAGGCGUCCACAUAACU